UUGGGGCAAGGCAACUACUACAAAGAUUACACUCUCUCAAGAACUAAACAAUGGAUCCCUUUAUUCUUUAUUCACUAGCAUUUGGAGUUGUUUUCAUUUGUAUCUAUCUCAUCUUCUUCAUCCCUAAACAAUACAAAAAUCUUCCACCAGGUUCAAGUGGAUGGCCAAUCCUUGGAGAGAACAUGGAUAUGUUUUACUCAUCUCCAGAGAAAUUCAUCCAUGGAAGAAUGAAAAAAUACUCAUCACAAGUCUUUAAAACCUCCCUCGUAGGCGAAAAAAUCGCGGUUUUUUGUGGUACGAGUGGUAACAAGUUCUUGUUUUCGAAUGAAAACAAACUUCUUACCACUUGGUGGCCACAGUCUCUGACCAAGCCACUCAUGUGUCCAACUCAAUCCCAAAAUACGUUAAGAGAACUCGCUCUUUUAAAUCGCGAGUUCCUACGUGAGAUAUUAAAACCCGAAAAUCUCAAACAAUUCAUCCCUUUUAUGGAUUCCAUGGCUCGUGAUCACUUGAAUCAAGAAUGGUUGCCUUUCAAGGAAGUCAAAAUUUACCCUCUAGCCAAAAAAUAUACUUUCUCUUUAGCUUGCAAAUUGUUCCUAUCAAUAGAGGAUUUUCGACACGUAAAAAAGUUAUCAGACCCUUUCGUUCUUGUAACAUCGGGGAUAUUCUCCGUUCCAAUUAACUUGCCUGGUACGCCUUACAAUCGAGCGAUAAAAGGCGGAAAAAUGGUGAGGGAAGAGCUUCUUAGGGUCAUUAGGGAGAGGAAGAAAAAUGAGGAAAAUUUCAAUGACUUGUUGUCUAGACUAAUGAGUUUUAGUGAUGAAAAUGGAGAGUUUAUGAAUGAUGAAGAGAUUUGCAAUAAUAUUGUAGGGUUGCUUGUUGCAAGCUAUGAUACUACAAGUGCUGCUAUUACUUUUGUCUUGAAAUAUCUUGCUGAGCUUCCCAUAAUCUUUAACGAGGUUCAUAGAGAACAAAUGGAAAUUGCAAAGUCAAAAGGUCGAGGAGAAUUGCUAAAUUGGGAUGACAUCCAGAAAAUGAAGUAUUCUUGGAACGUUGCAUGUGAAGCAAUAAGGCUAAUUCCGCCGGCUCAAGGUGCUUUUAGAGAGGCAAUUACUGACUUCACAUUUGGAGGAUUUACUAUCCCAAAAGGAUGGAAGACACUUUGGAAUGUGUAUUCAACACACAAAAAUCCAAAAUAUUUUCCAGAGCCAGAAAAGUUUGAUCCUUGUAGAUUUGAAGGGAGUGGACCAGCACCAUACAGUUUUGUACCAUUUGGAGGAGGACCAAGAAUGUGCCCAGGAAAAGAGUAUGCAAGAUUGGAAACACUUGUGUUUAUACAUAAUGUUGUUUCUAAUUUCAAGUUGGAGAAAUUAGUUCCACAUGAAAAGAUUAUUUACCAAUCAUCACCUGUACCUGUUAAUGGUCUCCCUGUUAGGAUUCAACCCCAUGGAAAUUAAACCUCUCUUUAUUUGGAUGUUCAUGUAAUAAUAACUAGUUAUACCUUGGAUUAUUUUCUUUUUAUUCAUUAAGAAAUAGUUAGUUGGAUUUCUUAUCUUUGUGUAAUGAGUAAGGAGUGGUUGUUAGG